GCCUGACCACACCGGGCCGGGAAGGGCCGCCUCCCAUCCUUGAGGCCUGCGGGGGCCCAGGGGUGCUGCGAGAGCCCACCCAGCUCGAGGGGCGUCCGGUGGGUCAUGCGCCAAUCCUUCGUCCUCCCAGUUCGUGCCCGAGCCCCGCUUGUGCCCACCUGACAACUUCCGGGCUCCCGUUGGAGAGGAGCCCAGGUCGCAGGGCCACACACCCUAGUCCCUAAACACCUGCCGCUUUGCAAACGCCUGGGGCUGGCAUUGCCUCUGCCUUGAACUGCAUUGGCUCAAACUCUUCCAGCCGCACGCAGAUACGGGUGGCAUCAGAGCCCAAGCCCCGUGCCCUGCUGCACAGACUUGACGAGCGUGCAGAGACACCAGCCUCCCUUCAGGCCAGCUCCUCAGCACCGCCCCCCCUCACUUGACCUCUCCCACCCACCCUGCCUGUCCGGCCUCAGCCUUCUGCCACAAGACACAGGCUGGACCAGGGGAGAGCCUUGCCCUCGAGGCAGGCAGCACCGAACCAGCACAGCCUAUGGAUCCUUCUCAGGAGGAGCCUACGGCACCAGCAGGGGCGCUCUCCUGAGCUGCAGAGGUCUGGGCACCCCAUCCUCUGGCGAGAGCUAUGGUAUGCAGGAGAGGCAGGGGCGCCCGGCGGCAGCUGCCAGGCCCAGGCCAGGAGGGAGGGUGUUCUGGUCCCCUGACCAUGCUGGGAACCACCCUGCUACUUCUGAGCCUGCCACUGUGCGCCCAGGGCAUUGCUCCAGCCGACCUCAGCACUGCUCUGGGCCACACCGUGCCCCUGGCAAGGGGCCGCUACCUGAGUAUUGGAGAUGGCUCUGUGGUGGAGUUUGAGUUUCCCGAGGAUAGUGAGGGCAUCAUUGUGAUCUCAAGCCAGUACCCAGGCCAGGCCAAUGGGACCGGGCCUGGCCCUACACUGAAGGUUACAUCCCUGGACACAGAAGUGCUGACCAUCAAGAACGUGAGUGCCAUAACAUGGGGUAGUGGGGGUGGCUUCGUGGUGAGCAUCCACUCUGGCCUGGCUGGGCUGGCGCCACUCCGCAUCCAGCUCGUGGACCUUCAUGAGGCCCCACCCGUGCUGAUCGAGGAGCGGAGAGAUUUCUGCAUUAAGGUCUUGCCAGCCGAAGAUGCCCCAGCCCAGCUCACUGCCAGCCUGGCCCACUUCUCGGAGAACCCAAUCCUCUACGUGCUCUUGCCACUCAUCUUCGUCAACAAGUGUUCAUUUGGGUGCAAAGUGGAACUUGAGGUCCUCAAGGGGCUCCUGCAGAGCCCCCAGCCCGUGCUGCUGGGCCUCCUGGGCCAGUUUCUGGUCAUGCCCUUCUAUGCCUUCCUGAUGGCCAAGGUCUUCAUGCUGCCCAACACCCUGGCUCUGGGCCUCAUCAUUACCUGCUCGUCACCUGGUGGUGGGGGCAGCUACCUCUUCAGCCUUCUUCUCGGAGGGGACAUCACGCUGGCCAUCUCCAUGACUUUCAUCUCAACGGUGGCCGCCACUGGGCUCCUGCCACUGUCCUCGGCCAUCUACAGCCGCCUGCUCAGCAUUCACGAAACACUGCACGUGCCGGUCUCCAAGAUCCUGGGGACCUUGCUGUUCAUUGCCAUCCCCAUAGUGGUGGGCAUGGUGAUCAAGUUCAAGCUUCCCAAGUUCUCUCAGUUGCUGCUGCAGGUCAUCAAGCCCUUCAGCUUCAUGCUGCUGCUGGGCGGCCUCUUCCUGGCCUACCGCAUGGGGGUCUUCAUCCUGGUAGGAGUCAGGCUGCCCAUCGUCCUAGUGGGCCUCACAGUGCCCCUGGUCGGCCUCCUGGUAGGCUACUGCCUUGCUAUCUGCCUGAGGCUGCCGGUGGCGCAGCGGCGGACAGUCAGCCUUGAGGUGGGGGUGCAGAACAGCCUGCUGGCCCUGGCCAUGCUGCAGCUGUCCCUGCGCCGCCUCCAAGCAGACUACGCCUCUCAGGCCCCCUUCAUUGUGGCACUGAGCGGGACCUCUGAGAUGCUGGCCCUGGUCAUCGGCCACUUCAUCUAUAGCAGCCUCUUUCCAGUCCCAUGAGGCCACUGCCUUGCCCUCUGCCCACUGUCCCCACGGUUCCUGUGUACCAAAGGCCUUUAGUUCUCAUGCACUAUGCACUCAGACAAAUCCAGGCUUAUUUUUU